AGAGAGAGAGAGAGAGAGAGAGAGAGAGAUUUCCUUGCCUUUAUUCCUUCCUUGCGUUGUAUCCUAACCGAGCAGAACGCGUGACUGCAGGACAUCAUCACGAUAUCUGAGCAAAUUUUAACGUUUUAACGCACCAAGGGAAAUAAGGUGUGGAGACCGAUCACCUCACGCAGAGCGGAACGGACUCAGGAGAGGAUUUAAGACUUUUUUUUUCGUUUGCGCUGCAAAGUUAUAAGAAAUCUGGGAACUUGAAUCAAGACAGAAUGGAGGAAUCUGGUGCGUUAUUUUGUGCAUUCGGCGCACGUAGAGCUACCAGGAUAUGGUGCUGCUGGAAGGGUUUCUUUCUUCUCAGUGUCUUCUUUCACAUGUACCUGAGCUCCUUGCUGGACUGUCCGCCCACCUGUACCUGCUCGCCCACAGAAAUCUACUGCAAUAAAUCUGACACCAGUAAAUUCUUCCCGCUGUUGAUAUUCCAAGAUACCGGCAGCGACGGGAACAGUACCGGGGGCAUCGAGGAUCUUUUCCAGAACAUUACCUCAAUAUACAUUGAGUCAUGGACGGGUCUGCAAACCUUGAGGGAUGUGGAUAUGGAGCUCUACACCGGCUUAGAGAGGCUCACUAUAACAAGGAGCAACCUGCAUACAAUCCAUACUCGUGUUUUCUCCAAGAACCCCCACUUGCGUUACAUUAACCUGUCCAAGAAUCCCAUGUUGUCCACAUUAUCCUGGCAGAUCUUUGAACCUGUGCAGCUCCUUGAACUUCAUCUACAGGAGGUGGUCUUCACCUGCGGCUGUGAGAUCCGCUGGCUGCAACUAUGGCAACAGAGAGGGGAGGCAGGUCUAAGCAGCCAACAUUUAUAUUGUGCUGAUGGCGACAGGGAGAUAAUGUUGCGUGAUAUGAACAUUAGCAGUUGUGAUUUGCCAGAUAUCAGUGUCAGCCACAGCAACCUCACAGUUAUCGAGGGUGAUCGUGUAACUGCAAUCUGCAAUGGCUCUGGAUCCCCAUUACCUGAGGUGGACUGGCCUGUGAAUGGCUUACACUCCAUAAAUGCACAGGCUAAAGUCAUCGACAACAACACCAUUCAUUCCAUCAGCAUCACUUUGGUCAAUGUAAGCAGAGACGACAACAACUUCUUACUAACUUGCACUGCCAGCAACAUAGUGGGCAUGACCAAUGCUUCUGUCCAACUAACAGUUCACUUUCCUCCCACCAUUGUGCAGCUGAAGGAGCCAGAACGGCGCCAUGAUACUUGCAUAGAGUUCACGGUUCGGGGUUCACCCCACCCAACCUUACGAUGGUUCUACAAAGAAAAGGAAAUUUCCCACACUGAGUAUGUGCGCCCUGAUAUGGACAUUUACAAGGACGAUAUAGAGGGCUGCCUAAACUUUAAAAAUCCAACACACCACAACAAUGGAAACUACACUUUGGAAGCCACCAAUUACCUGGGGGAAGCCACCUUUACUGUGUAUGGGCAUUUCCUUGACAAGCCCUUUGACGGUCCAGAAACAGAUUAUGAGUAUGUGACCCCGACUGCAGAGACACAUAAGCCUGAGAAGGAUACGUUUGGGGUCUCAAUAGCAGUAGGCCUGGCAGUGUUUGUCUGUGUGAUGCUGGUGGUUCUCCUUUUCCUCAUCAACAAGUGUGGACGAGGCUCCAAGUUUGAAUUGAAAGGACCAGUAGCAGUGAUAAAUGUUGAGGAAGAUUCUGCCAACCCACUUCAUCAUGUGAAUCACGGGAUUAUCAGCCCUUGUACGCUGGAUGCAGGGCCAGAUUCUGUGGAGAUUGGAAUGAACAGAAUUCCUGUCAUAGAGAACCCACAGUAUUUCAGACAUGGACACAACUGUAACAAACCCACCACCUACGUUCAGCAUAUUAAACGACGGGACAUUAACUUGAAAAGGGAGCUGGGAGAGGGAGCCUUCGGCAAGGUCUUCCUGGCUGAUUGUUACAACUUGAGUCUUACCAAGGAUAAGAUGCUGGUAGCUAUAAAGACUCUGAAGGAUCCCACUCUUGCAGCUAGGAAAGACUUUCAGCGUGAGGCUGAGUUGCUGACGAACCUCCAGCAUGACCACAUUGUAAAGUUCUAUGGAGUGUGUGUGGACGGAGACCCACUCAUCAUGGUCUUUGAGUACAUGAAGCAUGGAGAUCUCAAUAAGUUUCUCAGAGCCCAUGGGCCAGACGCCAUUAUCCUGGUGGAUGGACAACCUCUACAGACCAACGGAGAGCUGGGUCUGUCACAAAUGCUUCACAUAGCGAGUCAGAUUGCAGCUGGAAUUAUCUACUUGGCAUCUCAACACUUUGUGCACCGUGAUCUGGCAACCAGGAACUGCCUGGUUGGGAAUGGCAUGCUGGUGAAGAUAGGAGAUUUUGGCAUGUCCAGAGACAUUUACAGCACAGAUUAUUACAGGGUGGGAGGUCACACCAUGCUGCCUAUCCGCUGGAUGCCCCCCGAGAGCAUCAUGUACAGGAAGUUCACCACGGAGAGUGAUGUAUGGAGCUUUGGAGUCAUUCUGUGGGAGAUCUUCACUUACGGCAAACAGCCUUGGUUCCAGCUCGCCAAUAAUGAAGUAAUAGACUGUAUUACUCAGGGGAGGGCUCUUGAGUGCCCCUGGCUGUGUCCCAAGGAAAUCUACGAUAUUAUGCUGGGCUGCUGGCAGAGGGAGCCACAACAGCGCUUCAACAUUAAGGACAUUCAGAAGAUGCUCAUAACUUUAAUGAAGGCCACACCAGUCUAUCUGGAUAUACUAGGAUAGGAAAGGAUAAACGGAGUUUUUCUGCUUGGACUCAAUCCAAAUUACGUUAUUAGAAACUACUACACUGGAUCAGAGGUAAAUUGAUUGAUUUGGAGCCACAAUUUGCCAUGGAUUCACAACAUAGCCUCUGAUGGAACGAUGUAAAUCAGAAUUAGAAUCUUGUAUCCAAUUACCUAACUUAUGAAGAUUUGAAUUGCUUAAAUUGGAGUGAUGUCUGGUUAGCUGGGUUGGAAUUAACAGGAUUGCACAGCACUGCCUUACAAUAUAUAGUAAAUCAAGAGCAAAUGGCUUUGUCCUACCUUCCAUGACUGGGUCCAGACUUGUUUGGUCAGGUCUUGCCCCUUUUCAAAAAAACUACAAGAACUACAAGGAUUUGACUAUGUAGUAUGGAUUGCAUCAAACUGGAAUUAACUGGAUUAACCUGAUUGUACUGAUCUGGUUUAGUUUUUUUAUCCUUAUAACUUUGGAAAAACAUUUUAUCCAUUAUAUCAUAGCCUAUGCAUUCUCAUUUCACCCAGUCCAGAUCAGUGAGGCUUAAUUUCCAUCCUAGUUUUUUCUAUCCUAGCCUGACCAAGUCUGGUAGAGUUUGGAUUGGCUUUUUUUGUAUCCAGUCCUAGAUUAAAUCGAUUUCACCCUAACAUGAUUUAUUAAUGCGCCUAUAAAUCAAUGAAAGGAUGAUGGGUCAGUCCUUGCUUAACUUUAAGUGAAUGCAGUAUUCACAUGACCAUCAGUAAGGCUUGAUCAUGUUUUUCAUGAAGUCAUUGCGGAAGCAAGUCAACAAGAAAGAGCAUGUGUAGAUGAAUCAAAUAAGUAUUUGUAUAGCAGCCACUAUUUGCUUGUCUAGUGUACACAUGCUUCAGAAUCUUCAUCUACAAAGCCUUCAUAAAUACUCCAUCCACUCUGAGUCUCAUGUUGGCCUACCAAGUUGUUCACUAAUGCAAGCACCUAACCAGACCCUCCGUGACUGAGCCUUGAGACAUGGCCUUAGUGAUUGUCUAUUACCCCAAAGAUGGACCAAAGUGCCUCCUACUAUCACAAAUACCCCCCAAAAAACAUUGUAUACCCUUUACAGCUUGAUAAGAACAUCCAACUACCCAAGAUGGAAUUACAUUUUCAGUUUCUUUCUUCAAAUACAUUUUUAUUGCCUAUUACAUGUAUAUUUUUUACAUUUAUUUUUUAAUCAAAGAGUGGACCUCUGCCAUGCUCCAAAGCCAUUGGAAUAUUCUGCCAUUGGGUAGCACCAAACGUAUCACCAUUAAGGAUAACAUUAAAAAAUAUGCAUUUUAACUUGGUUCCACAUUGGAUCAAUAUAAGAUCCUACACAAGAGCAACCAGAACUUUAUGACAACAGCAAGUGUUCAUUAACAACACCCUGUAAGUUAAAGAAUGUAUCUUCUGUAAGUCUAUACGUCUUGAGAUAUGUUAACUGAUUUCAUUUUCUUUUAUCCAGCCACAGAAAGUAUUUUUAAUAUGAUAAUACGUGUUAAACAAUCUGGACAGUAAAGGAAAGUUUUUAAGUUAACUGGCUGUUGUUUUGGCAGUGAUAGUAUUAGAAACACUAGGUCAGAUUGAAAUCUGUUUAUUCUUUAGGUUUCCAGUGUUUAAAUCCUAGCUCUCUCAGCUUGAGGCAUGAAACUCGCAAUGAGCGGAAAAAAUGGACUAUAAUUAUGUUUACAAAUGUGUAAUCUUUCUAAAAGUAAACACAGGCUGAAUGAAAUGAGAAAUGAGAGGUUUAUCAGCUAUGUCUAAAAGCUGUGAGGAAUCAACGUGUAAGCCACUGUCAAACUAUCGUUUUAUUCCUGUCUUUGUGCUAUAACAUUGAACUCCAAACAUUUUAAAUAAAAGUUGUAUUGGUUAGAAAAAUAUCAAGAGUGAUAUUUUGCAGUAUGGGCAGAUUGUAUGGAUAAACAUAUUCGCAAAAAAAUUGUCCCAAAUCUGUAAAUACUUGUGUCUGACAUUGAGGUUUAAGUGAAUAAUAUGUUUAUGUAUAUGUAUAAAUAACAAUCACAAUGUCAGGAUUAAAUAGGGCCGACGUUUUUUGCAGCAAAGGUGUAACCUUGCCCAGAGGGCAAACAAGUCUCUUUCUUUUCAAAGCCCUUUCAAGACCUACUGAAUGAUAACAUUACUACUGUAAUUAUAAGUGUCUGAUUUCUGAUGUAACUCCAACCUCAACAAAUGGUCAUAAUCUGGUAUGACAAUUUUAGCUGGAACAGGAAACUCAUAUAAGCUACAGUAGUAGUGCAACAGCUCACUUCAUUUCUUUCACACUACAGACAAAAAUAGUUUCUCUUACUGUUAUUUAUUUUAUUUUUUUUAUGACCCCCAGCUAGUUUCACCUGCAUGGUUCUCAGGUGGCUUUAUUAGAAUCUCUCUUUGCAUGUUCAUAUGAUUAGUCAUUUAUGUGUGGCUCCUUAAAUGGAGAUAGUGUAGAAAAAGUGUUUGCACUAUGUUUGUUGAUGCAACCUGAAAAGCCCUACUUCAUGGGUAGCCAGUAUGUAUACAUACUGCAUGUCAGAAUGAUCAAACAUUUCCGAAUAGUGUUCAAGCUGAACACGAUUUAAAAACUCUCUUGCAUUAUUCACUAUAAUUUAUCUGGAGGAACCUUUCUGAAACCCCAUUUGUUAGCCUCAGAAAGUAGUACAAAUACAGAUGUUAACUGAGGGCUAGUUAUCGAUGGGUAUGGUAAAAAUCUAAAUUUUGCGAUCAAUGUUUGAGGACAAUCGAAUGAGUUCCGAACACUGCAUUUUCCAGUGCAAUUUCCUGCACCAUGUUUUCCAACUAAAGUAUAUAAGCUGAAUAUGUUAAAAUCAUUGUAACACAAUAAUAAGUCUGUGUCAUUCCUAUCCAUUCUCUCUCUCUGUCUUUGUUAUGUGUUGUAUAUUUGUCUCCAUACUAUUGUUUAUGAGUAUUACAAUAAUUUGACAAUUUAUAUAAUGUAUUUUUAAACAGAUAAAGUGUAGUGAACUUUUAAGCUGGUUCGAUGAAUGAUUGUAUCUUAUUAAAAGUUCAUCAUAUUUGAA